AUCGCACAUCACGUACAUCUCAGGUGUUACAGUUAGUGACUUCUUGUUCUUCAGAACGUUCAUCAGAAGCAAUGCAGCUCUUGUGUAUUGCAGCUUUACUUUUAUCAGCAGUGGCUGCUCAUCCACGGCAGGAUGAAAAGCUUCGGCCUACAGGUGGACCUAAGCUGGAUGCACACUCUAAGGGUGGUGACAAUGACACGUCGGUGAUGCAUGGCCCAGGACGGGACUCUGGCCACCCAGUAUCGAUGCCCGCAUGGCUCCCAAACAGGCCUUCUAGGAAACCAGGACAUGGAAACACAAGCGGGCCCAUGAAAGGGAGUGAUGGGAAAGACCGCCAACCAGGGACACUUACUCAAGCUUCUACUCGGGGCAAAAGACAGGUUCCUAGUUUGAAGCCUGAUGUGCCUGGAAUCCGUCAUCCUGAGCCUGCCAAGCAUUUUGAGAGACCUAAAGGACCUCAACAAGCCAGGCCCAAUGGGAAGAACCCCGUGUAUUCCCCUGUGUUCAAGGUUGACAAAGUUACAUUCCAGAACACCACUGAUGUAACCUUGAAGAAGGGUGAGAACAUAUUUCUGAUGCCGAUGCAUGGUGAAAGAGGGCAGGAGGACAAAAGAGGACCUCAACAAAAUAAGGGAGGAAACCCGGCCCCACCGAAGAAUUGGCAAUAUGUGAAGCUCAUCUAUAACACCACAGAGCCGAACAAAGUCUCCUUUGAGUAUGGGUUCUUGAAACCUAUGAACCUCAGUGGGAUUGCUGGAGAGUAAGAAUUUCAAGAAGAAGAUACUGACAAUUAUAAAGGGAAGACACCCAACAGCUACAAGAUGGAUCAACAAACUUUAAAGAAGAUUAUGGUUUUCUUUCCUGUGGUAUAUACUGGGAAACCACUCCUGUUGGCAUCUUUUCUGUGUACCAAAAUAAAAAUCUUAAACCAA